AUUUCCUUCUAUUCUUCAACAGGAAGCUCUGUGAGAGUCAGCCCAGGCAGGCAAAUCGCUCCUCACCCUCUCGUCCCUCCCGGGAUGGACAGAGCCUUAGCGGGGCUGCAGAGCCACAAGCCACAGAGAAGAUGCUGGCUCCGUCCGUCCGUCCGCUCCUCUGGCUGUUCGGCUGCGUCCUGUUCCGAGGUACUACGGCCUCCACAGAGUCCUCUGUGCACGCUGUAGCAGGUCAAUCCCAAUCAACAAUGCACAGCCCUGAAGUAAAGAACCAUACCUCAGAGCCUCCAGUGAAGUCGACACCACUGACCGACUUGAAUCUCACCUCUGUGGGUCAAACUACUGCAGCCAGAUCCUCUCCCGUUGCUACGACACUGCUAACGUUGACUGCGCAAGAUGAAAUACCUAGUGCAAGCAGAAGCACAGCAGCUUCACCACCUCAAGGUCAAGAGCCCAAGACAAGCGAGAGUACCACAACAUCAGCAACGCAAGGCACCUUAAGGCCAGUCACCCCAACACCGAAUUCCUCUGGCUACCUGCCUGUGCCCACUCCGACAGAUGAUAAAUCCCCACUGACGGUGGCAGCUUUUGGUGUCAUCAGCUUCAUAGUCAUCCUGAUAGUGGUUGUGAUCAUUCUGGUCAGCGUGGUCAGCCUGAGGUUCAAGUGUAACCGCUCAAAGGACUCAGAAGACAAACAGAAACCAGGGACCUCCAUGGUAUCAGAGAGCUGCUCGGCAGGCACAAGCCAAAAGGAUAACAGCAUCACUCUGAUCUCCAUGAAGAACAUCAACAUGAACAACAGCAUGAGUUACCCGCCAUCAGAAAAGGUUUCCCCUUUAAGCUUUUUAGAGAGUUAGCUGGGGAUUAUUUCUCUUGCUGGAUAAGAGCAUGCCUUUGAGGUAUUUCUUUGCUCUCUUAUUCCUUCAGAAAAGUAAUUAAAAAAAAAAAAAAAAAAAAAAAAAACCCCAGCUGCCAUCACACUCCUAAAGGUCCAAACUGGUUCCGGUGAGCCUGGUGAAAGUUUGGGUGCCCAUCUCAGAUCUAUCCAAGCUGCCUGAAUUCAAGGUGUCAAGUAUACCUCAUGCAUAUAGGUGCCAUCACCUAGGACCAGCCAUCAGAGCUAGAGUGGUUUGUCAUUAAAUGAAGAGGUAAAUAAGCUAGCCUUAGUGAAGUCAAGGUCUCACCCUCUAGUCCGAGCUUACCACACUCCUGCUCCACAGAUGUUGGAGCACAUGCCCAUCAGUACUCUCAGAUCCAUUCCAUGUGAGUAAUUCACGUAAUUUUAAGUUGGUUUAAAGCUAAACUAGCACUGGGGCUGCGCUUGAGGGAACACACUUCUUAACUUCUUUUGCCAGCCCAAACAGGCUGCUGAUGCACCAUGGUUUGUUCUUUUUGCAGGUGCUAUGAAGCCAAGGGCCCUAAGCUUGAAGCGGACUUGUGGCAACCAGCAGUGACUUUCUAGGUUCUUUUUGGUUUGGUUUGUUUUUCUUUGGGGAAAGAGCAAGGGUGGACUUUAUAUAUAAAUUAUUAUGUCCUUUCUGAUCAAUACAUUUACAGUAGCAUCCCACGUAGCUUCCUCACCUGGGGUCUAAGGGCUUUCUCCAGUGACAGCGUGCCAUGCUCGAUGGUUGAUCUCUAUUUUUGAUAUGCCUUCAAAUCCUCAGAUUAUUGCAGCAGCAAGAAGCACCAAGGAACCAUCUGCUUUGCUAAUAAACUGCUGCCUUAGAUUAAUGGCCUUUAGAGCCUGUGCCAGCCAGUCACAGGCUCGUUAAAUCAGUAUAGCCCCACAUUGAGUCAAACCCGCCCGUUAGAAAAGCACGCUCUGAGGCCGAAGGACUAAUGAGAUGUAAACGGCCAAGUGCUAGGUCAAAUCCCAGCGUCAUUGCUCCAAGCCCCUUACCCCUUGGUGCCUUCAUUAUCCCCGCAGCGGUGGGGAUGAUCAUGUCCACCUACCUCACAGGGUUGUUGUGAGGCUAUGUUAAUCAAUGUCUGUAAAGCAUUUGGAGAGCCGUGAAUUAAAGGUGCUGCUGAAAUGCAAA